CGGCGUCGCGAGUGUUCUGAAGGUGGCGCAUGCGCGUAGGAGGCUCCUCUAACUGGAUGUGUAUAGUCGUCCUCCGCCUUCGCCCCUUCCAUCACGUAGAGAAAGCGCUGGGACCUGAAGAAAGAGCCUCUGCCUCAGAGUCAUUCUCGAGCUUAACGGUCCGGGAAUUGAAGACGUCGCCCUUGUCUCGUUCGUAAAAUUCUGUGAAAAUGUCACUGUAUCCUUCUCUCGAAGAUCUGAAGGUGGACAAAGUAAUUCAGGCCCAGACAUCUUUUGCUUCAAAUCCAGCCAAUCUAGCAAUUUUAUCUGAAGCCUCAGCACCCAUCUUUCAAGGUGGAAACUGGUAUCCCAAACUGUAUCCCGAACUUUCCCAGUAUAUGGGUCUAAGCCUGAAUGAAGAAGAGAUACAGAGAAACUUGGCAGUGGUUCCUGCUAUAAAUUCUCAGGGGCUUGUUGCAAGCCCUUCUGCAGUGAAUUACAUGGUGGCUCCAGUAACUGGAAAUGAUGUUGGAGUUCGCCGAGCAGAAAUUAAACAAGGGAUUCGUGAAAUAAUCUUGUGUAAAGAUCAGGAUGGAAAAAUUGGACUUCGUCUUAAAUCAGUGGACAAUGGUAUAUUUGUCCAGUUGGUUCAGGCAAACUCUCCAUCAUCACUGGCUGGCCUACGGUUUGGGGACCAGGUUCUGCAAAUCAGUGGCGAAAACUGUGCAGGAUGGAGCUCUGAUAAAGCACACAAAAUUCUGAAGCAGGCACCUGGAGAGAGAAUUUCAAUGAUCAUCCGUGACAGACCUUUUGAGCGAACUAUUACUAUGCACAAGGACAGUACUGGACAUGUUGGCUUUAUAUUUAAAAAUGGAAAGAUAACCUCAAUAGUAAAAGACAGUUCUGCUGCUAGAAAUGGACUUCUGACAGAACACAACAUUUGUGAAAUUAAUGGUCAAAAUGUAAUUGGCCUGAAGGAUGCCCAAAUUGCAGACAUUUUGGUAACAGCUGGAAAUGUAGUGACCAUCACUAUCAUGCCGUCUGAGAUUUUUGAACACAUAAUAAAGAGGAUGGCUUCAAGCAUUAUGAAAAGUCUGAUGGAUCACACUAUCCCUGAAGUCUAAAAAUCUGUUUUGGAUGAAUCUGUAAUGAGAACUCCGCUAUAUAUGGGCUAUUUACUCUGCAACAUUUAUGUUCUGCACAUGAGCCUUCCUUUAAGCCAAAAGGAGAUAUGCUGCAUUGAAUAUUUACAAUGUUAUGGCUGAGAAUGUUACAAUCCAACAUAUUAUUACCUUGCUCACACUAUGAAUUUUGUAGCCUUGUACUUGUUUGACAAAAACCUGUAUAAAUGCUUUUUCACAGGGUUAUACUGUGUAGUUCAGCACUUUCUAUAAGCCAUUGGAAUGAAGAAAACUGAUGUUGUGUGGGGGGUUUUUUGGUAUCUGUGAUCUAAGCACAUUGCUGCCCUUCGUACUUUUUCAGACAAAAUAGUUUUUCUACUACCUUCUGUUAGUAAACAUAUUUACAAUUAUGACUGUAGUGCUAGUUAACUGCUGAUACCAGUAAUCUUGUUCACAAAACGCAUGCCAGUUAAACUGAGCAUAGCUAGUAUUUAUCAUUCCAUAGACAUUUUAAAUAGUACAGCUGAGCAUUUAGGUUUCUUGUCUUACUCUCUUUUCCAGUCAUUCUAAUGUGUUUAAUUAUGUUGCCUUAGUCAUUUUAAUCAGAAAUAAAGCUUCAAAAACAGUU